GCGCACGAGACUGACAUAGCCGAGCAUCACCUCGUCAUUUAGUCGACCCUUUUCCUUAAAUCGCGGAUUUUUUUGUGGUUUGCGAAGAGACCAUGGAAUUCACGAUCCAGGUCUAAAGUUUCAAUAAUCAUAGCUACCGUUUCCCGCCUUUGCACUCGCCUAUUGUGCGUCGACAUAAAAAAGGACCCCUCCUUCACCCCCCUUUGGUAGAAACGCCGAAUCUGAACAGCAGCCAUUCUCUGAUACCAUCGACGUAUUUGGCUCCACAACAUGGCUGACUAUACCCAAUACCAUGCCCUUGGUCAUGGUGAAGUUAUCGAUCCGAACGACCCUAAUAAAACCACUGCGCCAGUUCCUCAGCAGUUCAGCCCUCCCGUUGCACCCAACCCUCAUCAAACCCAGUAUGGCGCCCCUCAAUACCAAGGUGGACAACCUGCUCUGAUGAGCAACCCACCUAUGGCUGGCCAAAUGUACGGGAUGCCUUCUGCCCAGCCUAAUGCGCAGAUGCCCCCUGCGGCACCAGAUGCCAACUUGGCCUCUCAAUUGGGAGACAUGAGCCUCGGCCAGAACACGAUACGCAAGAAGAAGAAGGAUCGCCAUGCUCACCACAAUAUUGAAGCUACCGGCUCAUCCCAGGCCUUUAAUGGCAUGCAGCCCGGUGCGAAUGCCGCCGAUCAAUUCAUCAACAACCCUGGCAAUGUUCCUGCUUUCGGUGGUCAGUUCGGUAGCAACCCAGUCACCCCGAAGCUCAACCAAGCCCAGUUUGGUGGCCCUGCCAACUCGUUUCAGAGCCCUGAUGGACCUAUCGACCCUGCAGGUCCCAAAGCAGGAUAUAAUUCCUCUGUUCCUGCUUCGCAAGUCCGCUCCGAGGACUUACCCAGCGUCCCGGUCGCUCGCGAUUCUAUCCAGCAGUACUAUCUGAAGAACGUGUAUCCUACUUUCGAGCGACAUGUCCCACCACCCGCCUCGAUUUCGUUCGUUGCCUUUGAUCAAGGUAACGCGUCGCCGAAGUUCGCUCGCUUGACAUUAAACAAUAUCCCAGCUACUGCUGAUGGCCUGACAGCCACGGGUCUGCCCUUGGGUCUGCUUUUACAGCCACUGGCACCGCUCCAGAGCGGAGAGGCAGAGAUUCCCGUUCUUGACUUUGGACCUACUGGUCCUCCACGUUGCAGAAGAUGCCGUGCAUACAUUAACCCCUUUAUGAUGUUUCGUUCCGGAGGAAACCGUUUCGUCUGCAAUCUCUGCACACAUCCCAACGAGACCCCCCCUGAAUACUUCUGCGCCACUAGCCCGCAAGGAGUUCGUGUUGAUCGCGACCAACGGCCUGAGCUCCACCGAGGAACUGUUGAGUUUAUCGUGCCGAAAGAAUACUGGACUCGAGAGCCAGUUGGCUUGCGAUGGCUCUUUGUUAUCGACGUCACUCAAGAAUCUUACAACAAGGGCUUCUUGGAAGCCUUUUGUGACGGUAUUCUCGCCGCUCUUUACGGCGGAGUCGAUGCUGAGAAGGACGAAAAUGGUGAAGUGAAGCGCAGGCUCCCUGAAGGUGCGAAGGUUGGCUUUGUCACUUAUGACAAGGAUAUUCACUUUUAUAACAUUAGCCCAUCGCUGGAUCAGCCGCAUAUGAUGAUCAUGCCUGAUCUGGAGGACCCAUUCUUGCCUCUUGGCGGCGGACUAUUUGUCGAUCCCUACGAAUCGAAGACUGUUAUUACAUCGCUGCUUACACGCCUGCCAGAAAUGUUCUCCGAAGUACGCAACCCAGAACCAGCGCUAUUGGCAGCAUUGAACUCCGCUCUGGCUGCGCUCGAAGGCUCUGGCGGAAAGGUUGUAUGCUCCUGCUCGGCUCUUCCUACUUGGGGUCCUGGGCGUCUAUUUUUGCGCGAUGAUGGGAACCAUGUGGGUGGAGAGUCGGACAAGAAGCUAUACACCACUGAACACCCGGCAUGGAAGAAGACUGCUGAGAAGAUGACAGCCACAGGUGUUGGUGUCGACUUCUUCCUUGCUGCACCCUCUGGCGGAUACCUUGACAUUGGCACUAUUGGCCAUGUUGCGGCUACCACUGGCGGCGAGACCUUCUACUAUCCCAACUUUAUCGCCCCACGAGAUAGCAGCAAGAUGUCGCUCGAGAUCACCCAUGCUGUUACUCGUGAGACUGGCUUCCAAGCAUUAAUGAAAGUCCGCUGCUCGAAUGGAUUGCAAGUCAAUGGCUAUCACGGCAACUUUGUUCAGCACACUUUUGGUGCUGAUUUGGAGAUUGGUGUCAUUGAUUCCGACAAGGCCAUCGCAGUCAGCUUUUCGCACGAUGGCAGACUUGAUUCUAAGCUUGAUGCCCACUUCCAGAGUGCUCUCCUCUAUACAACUGCUUCUGGCGAACGCCGCGUCCGUUGCUCCAACAUCAUCGCUAGUGUUAGUGAGACUGCUAAGGAAGCUGGAUCGCGUGAGCAAGCCAUUCGAUCAUGCAUGAAGUACGUUGACCAAGAUGCCGUCGUUGCGCUGCUCGCCAAAGAAGCCAGCACAAAGCUGGCCACAACGUCGUCUAACCUCAAGGAUGUCCGCAAUUGGCUCACUGAGCGAACCAUUGAUAUCCUUGCCAGCCACCGCAAGCAUUCGGGCAACCAGCACCCGCCAGCCGAACUUGUUAUGCCCGAGAGACUCAAGGAAUUCUGCCUGUACUCUCUCGGCCUUCUCAAGUGCCGUGCUUUCAAGGGUGGCAUCGAAAACACAGAUAGACGAGUCUACGAGAUGCGCAUGCUGAGGUCUAUGGGCGCUCUGGAGCUCAGUCUGUACCUGUACCCUCGAAUGAUCCCAGUUCACAACCUGGCUGCCGAGGAUGGUUUCGCGGAUCCUGAGACGGGACAUCUCAAGAUGCCCCCUUGCAUCCGUACCUCAUUCAGCAUGGUUGAGCCUGGUGGUGUCUAUAUUGUUGACAAUGGCCAGCAGUUCCUUCUUUGGUUCCAUGCACAGACCUCACCAAACCUGAUUACUGAUCUGUUUGGCAAGGAUCACGAUAAUCUCAAGGGCCUUGAUGCGUACACCUCCACACUCCCCGUUCUUGAUACGCAUCUUAACGCCCAGGUCCGCAACAUCAUCGAGUUCCUCCGCGCUCUUCGAGGCUCCAAGGGACUUACCAUCCAGCUCGCUCGUCAAGGUAUUGAUGGAGCCGAGUUCGACUUUGCCAGAAUGCUCAUUGAGGAUCGCAACAACGAGGCACAGUCGUACGUUGACUGGCUGGUUCACGUCCACAAGGCCGUUCAGCUUGAGCUAAGCGGUCAGCGUAAACGCGAGAUUGAUGCUGGUACGACGUCGUUGCAGGGCCUUCGCCCUGCCUACUGGACCAUGUAAAGUGACGACAGGUGUGAUGAGGAGUAGCGCUAGAACAAAAGCAGUCGAAUGAGUUUUUCUAUGAUGAUAAUACACAAUAUUUUUUUUCCGUUUCGUACCCCUAUGAGUCCAUCACCAACAGUGUAUAUUGGCGCCUUCAGUACCAUCUCUAGCUAAUUAAUAAUCUUGUCCUAUUUAAUACAAGGUGUAUAUAGCAUGCAGGCCCCGUUUCCUGGUCGAGCCACCGCCCGUGAGAGCUCUUGCGCGUUUUGACCUAUUUCUAGCAAGUAAUCAUGUGUAGGUUGUAUCUAGGAUCUGGUUGGCGGAGGAUCCUUUGAAUCUCGCCAGCAUGGAAAGUGUGCGCAAAGAUCGCCAUAUCUGGAGCAUGCCGUUGCUCUAAUAGCUUGAGAACGGGCGGUGCCGGCUUUCCCAGCGCCUUGCUAUUCUUCUUCUCCUUCUUGAGCGUCUCUUCCAUGAUGAGCUGACUUGUACUUUGCGUAACAUCUUCAAAUACAAACGCAACGUAGCGAAACUGACCGCGCAGAUCGGGAUCAAACAGGAAUAUCUCUCGCCACAUUUCCGCAAGCUCGGUCGGGGGAUUGCGAUAGGCAUUUCCGAGACCAAAGUCGCCAAUAACAACGGAGUGAUAUCCAUUAUGUAGACAUAUGCGAAGAGCCCCGCGCAUCUUGUCACGGAUAAGAUCGCGCUCCUCGGCAAACGAGUACUUCAGGCCAUUGUCCUUUAGCUUCGGCCACCGCGUAGGUGGGACGGAGAUAACUGGAAGGUCGUACCAUUGUUCGAGUUUCUGGUAAUGCUCAUCGGCUGCACGGCAUAAAACGACGGCAUCGGAUAGAAUACCGCCUGUUGACGGGAUCGGGUAAUUGGAUUCCGCGCGUCUCGUUGGCCAGGGGGUGUUAAGAGUAGCAGCUAAAUUGCUCCGCCGGCAUAACCUCUCCUCAUAUGUGUGGGAUCCAGUCUCCCAAUCGCCGCCAGGGCGUCUUUCGUUUGCAGUGCAAAUCAGAGGAACGCGGAUCCGUGCGCCGCCAGCGCUGAGGCUAUCUUCAGUAUCACGAUGGCUGUAUUCGAUUGCCUUCAUAGCCGGGUCGCCGGCUUCCACUACAAAUAUUGGAGGUUGUGUGCUGGUGGAAUAACGCUUGAUGGAGAGUUCGAGGACGGGCUGGGAAUAUAAAGUUGAGUAUGGAGGAAAGGUGUCGGCAUAUUGGGUAUUUAUUAGUGGGAUGAAGUUGCGUUUAGUAUCCGCCGCUAUUUCGGAUGGCCGAGGUUUGCUGCUCUUUUGACUGGGAGGCAUGAUGAAUGUAGAGAGGUGACCACCUUGUUGAAGAAAAUGAAGAAUCGCUAAAGGUAUGUUCUCGGUGGAUGGAUUGCGGUGAUGUUAUACAGAAGUAAAUGUGAGAGGCUUCGCAAAUAGUUGGCUGUAAAGCAGGCGACCGUUUUCAACUUAUAUAUGUGCGAAUUCUGCGUGGGCAGUCCGUCUGCUCCGAGUGGAAGAAAUUUGGUAGAAAUAUUCAAGUCAAGGAAAACACAGAUUCGCGUCUUUUCAUGUAGGGCUUAAAGGUCUUAGGUAGAUCGAAGCGAGGUUAUCGAGUGGCUUCCACGCUUUGUGUGACGUAUAAGUUACCGGGACGCGAACUACAUGUUUGGCACAGAUUGUGUUGAAAAGGGCAAGCGAGCGGCAGAAAGGCGAGAUAUGAAGGAACCGAGGGAUCGCAAAAGUAAUUUAACGUCGGACGAGCAAU